GAUAGGACGAACCAUGCACAUUGCAAAAAAGUGGAUUUACGCGAAACCCUUCGUUGAUGAACCAACAUUGGACAACUUCCAACUAGUGGAGGAAACAGUGCCUGAGCUGCAAGAUGGAGAGUUUAUGAUACGUGCCAUGUACCUAAGCGUCGAUCCGUACAUGCGCAUUUACACGCUAUCUUUCCCUACUGGAACGACCAUGAUCGGAGGGCAAGUUGGACAAGUGAUCGAGAGCAAAAACGACGCGUUUCCAGUUGGAUCGUAUGCAUUUGCGCAGGUCGGCUGGCGUACGAUUUCGGUGUGUGAUCCAUCUAAAUUCGAGACGAGAAAACCCUACGUACUUCCCGAUUUAGGUGAUCUGCCAUUGUCGCUCGGAGCUGGGGCACUCGGAACCGUUGGAAAUACGGCUUACUUUGGCUUUCUCGAAAUCUGCAAACCGAAAGCGAACGAAGUGGUCGUUGUGAGCGGUGCUGCCGGAGCUGUUGGUAGUCUUGUUGGUCAAAUCGCCAAGCUGAAAGGAUGCCGCGUUAUUGGCAUUGCCGGUACGAAUGAAAAAUGCCAGUGGUUGAAGGAUGUUGGAUUCGACGGGACUAUAAACUACAGGGAAGAGAACAUCGAAGCUGUGCUGAAGCAGCUUGCACCGGAUGGUGUCGAUUGUUAUUUCGACAAUGUCGGUGGACACAUCUCAGAGACUAUCAAAGCGCAGAUGAAGGCGUUUGGACGAAUCUCGGUUUGUGGCACUAUCUCAAUGUACAGCAGUCAACCAGUGAAGGUAGUCGACCCGCAACGGGACUUUGUGUGGAAGCAGCUGAUGCAGGAAGGCUUUAGUGUGCAUCGGUGGACAGACAGGUGGUUUGAAGGGAUUACUCAAAUUCUGGCGUGGAUCAAGGAGGGGAAACUAAAGUACCGUGAGACAAUAACGGAGGGAUUCGAAAACAUGCCAAUAGCCUUUAUCGAUAUGAUGAAGGGAGGAAACGUCGGGAAAGCUAUUGUUAAAGUUUGA